AUGAAUUGUUAUAAUAAAAUUAUUAUACAAUUUUCUAUACUUUUAUUAUUUAAAAGUCAAUUGUGUUUGAAUCAACAUAAAUAUUACUUCUCUCAACUUGCUGAUUAUUAUGAUUCAUUAGAAAAGUUUCCUCUUCAAUAUCAGAUAGAAGGAUCAUUUCCAUCUGAUAUUAUUUUAUUAAAAUGCCCUGGACCAACUUAUAAUCAUAAUAACAAAGAAGAUACUUUUAAAGUUAAUGGUACUUAUGAUAAAGAUAUUGUUAAAGGAUUACCGGAUGAAAGUGUAAUAAGAUGGAUAAAAGUUUUCAAUUCUGAAAAAAAAUUAGAAAAAAAAAUUACAUGUGGUGAAUUGAUUCUAAAUAAAAAUCCACUCGAAUUAAUAAAAUGGGAAAUCAAUUUAAAAUGGAAUUCACCACCAAAUCCUUUAAAGUCUAUAAAUAACUAUUUUGUAAACUCAUCACUUGGUGCUUCUACAAUAUAUUGCUUUUCCGAUAGAGGAUUACAAUUUGUUAAAAAGAAAAAUGGAACAGUAAUUCAAUACGAAAAUGAAAAAACAGCUAUUUAUCAUAAAGGAGAUCUUAUAUAUUUAUUUGAAAAAUUAGAUAAAACAUUGGAUAAAAGUGAACCAUGUCAAAUUUUUAGAGCAAUUCAAUUUCCACCAAUAAUUGUCAUAAAAAAUGCUUCAUUUAAAAUUAUUAAUUUGGAGCAUAUGAAUAUUACAAAAAUAGAAAAAUAUGCUAAACGUGAAACUAUUGAUCUUAAAUUAUUUAUCAACAAAGAAAAUAUUACACAACAACAAUUUUAUGAGUAUGAGAAUGUACUAAUAACUGAUUUAAAAUUUUAUCUUAAUGGGUCAAUUAAAGAACAUGGCAAAUUUGAAAUUUCAAAUACUACUAUUAAUAUAGAAGAUUACAAGCUAUUUCGUGUUAAAUAUGUUUGUGAUGAAUGUCAUAAUCAAGGUGGUAUAAAUAAUAUUAUAAUUAAAGAUUUUUAUAUUUCUCCAACAGAAAAAGAUUAUAUUGAAACUUUUCCAGAUGUCUAUAUUAGCAAAAAUCAUUCUUUGAUAACACCAAAUUGUUCUUUAGAUCAAUAUACAUUUGGAUUUCUUUAUAAAAUGGCUUUUGAAAAACUUGAAAUCACUGUAAAUGAUUUUUUAAUAAAAAAUAAGAACGAAAGUAAUACAUUUUUACUUUCUAAUAGUACUAUUUUUUUUAAAAAUGAAACAUACAAUGGAACACUUCAGUGCAUAUAUAGCACUCCAGACAAUGGGACAUUUACAACAAAAACAGUUUUUAUAACAAUUAGGGCAAAUAAAAAUAGUACAAGUCAACAAAUUGUUUUAAAAAAAUCUAAGUCAGAAUUUUACUUGGCUAUAAUUAUUCCAACUUCAGUACUAUUAUUAAUUUUAAUUUUUUUUGUUUUUUUUUUCCUUGUUAGAAAACGAUUAAAAAAGUUUAAAAAGGGCAAAAUAAUCAAAAAAAAACUUCUCAACGUUGAAAAUUUUUGGAAAAGAACACCAAUACUUAAAAUGUCAGAUUACUCUCAAAUGUUAUCUAAUGAUGAUUCUGCAAAGUGUAAAGAACGAAAGGUUUUAGGAUAUACAAUUGGGGGAGAAUUUGUCAAAGUAUAUUAUGACGAUGUUUACAAUGAUACAUUAGUUAAUUCACAAAAAAAACUUGUUAAUAAAAUUUCUGCUCAUUAUAUAACUUCUGUUUCUCCAUCACGAACAUACAUUUUAUCAGAGGGUCCAUCAAGUGAUAAUGUUUCUCAAUUUUGGGAAAUGAUAUUUGAAGAGAAGGUUCGAGUUAUUGUUGCUUUUGUAUAUAAUGUUGUAAUAAGUGCAUCAGAACCAUUUGAAAUUUAUUGGCCAACAAAAAAAAGUACUAAAUAUGGAAAAUUAACUGUUAUUAAUGAAGGAGAAACUGAUUCUUUUAUAAAAAAUGUAACUACAAUAAAUUUUAAAAUUAUAAAAGAAGGAGGUGACAAAAUAAUUGUAACAUUAUUUUAUGCAAAUUAUUGGAAAGAAAAUACUAUUCCUGAUAAAAUAAACAAUUUACCAGAUUUAUAUGAAGAAGUUAAUAAAAUUGCAGGUAAAAAACCUGUUCUUGUUCAUUCAUCAUCUAUUAAUGGUCCUAGAACAUUUUUAUUUGUAUUUUUUGCUGGAAUAGUUGAAUCAUAUAUUAAUGAUCAAACAUUCUUUGAACCAAUUGAUGUUAUUAGAAAAAUAAGGCAACAAAAACAUGGUGGUUAUAUUUCAGCUAUGGAAUAUGUUUUUUUAAUAUUCUCAGUAGUUGAAUAUAUGGUUAAAAAUCAAUAUCUAUUAAACGAUUAUAAUUAUAACAGAUAUUCAAAUUUUUAUUAUGGUUAUUUAUCUGGUAUAAAAGAAAGAAUAAAAAAUAUUGAUGGUAAAUAUUCAAAUGUAUUAAAAUUUUUUAUACAUCUUGAUGAAAAUAAACUUUAUUGGCUUGUUGAUAUGGCUGAUAAAGUAGGAAAAUUGACUAAUAAUGAAUUAAAAAUAAAAUGCAAACGUUCUAUUUUAUUAACUGAAUACGAAAAAAAAAUACACGUUCUUUCAGGAAAAUUAAAUGGACUACGUAAUCGUUUCUCUGGUCUACAUUGUUUAGAUAAACAUGCUAUUGAUUAUACUAUAUCAACUGACGUAAAACAUCCAUUUGAUAAAAUGUCUAUGGCUAAUGUAAUUACAUUUACAAAUUCAGAAAAUGAGAAAAAAAGAUUUAUCAUGAUGCCUUCACCAUUAGAAGAAAUGUAUGAUGCAUUUAUUGGAUUUAUCUAUACAUAUAACGUUUCUGUUGUACUUGCUCUGGAUAAUGCAAAAGAAAUUAUGCCAGAAAAAUGGAAAGGAUAUUGGCCAUAUUGUGUAGAUAAAAUUGAAUACAAAAAUUUUACUAUUAGUGUUGCUUCUUCCUGGACACAAAUUGAAAAUGGUUUUAAUGUUAGUUAUUAUGAUAUUGUUCAUACAACAGAUAUAAAUUAUCCUAAAAAAUGUUUUAAAAUGGUUCAUUUUUGUGAAUGGCCAAGUAAAAAUAGUAUACCAAAUAAAGAUAUUGUUUUUGCUGGAAUGAGAAGAUACGCUGUAAAAGAAUGUUCAAAAGAAAGACCAAUGAUUAUUCAUUGCAAGAAUGGAAUUGGGAGAACUGGUACAGUUGCUUAUUCCUUAUACAUGAUGGAGACAUUGUGUGGAAAAAACGAAUUUGAUCCACUUCAUGAUCUUUUAAUUUUACGCAAAUGCAGAUUAGAUGCUGUUCAAACUAGACAGCAAUUUUUAAUGUCGUUAUUAGCAUUAUUGCAUUUUAUUUAUCCAUCUUUACUUGAAUAUGAUUAUAACACUUUUCUUCAAUUAAAAGCAUAUUUUUUAAAUGCUAUUGAUUACGAAAAUAUGAUUGAUGAUACUUUUGAUCAUUAA